CAACUGGUGGCUACAGACUUGCAAAGACUAACAACAGCCUGAGACUGAAUGCAUAAGCUUUGCCGGUGCCAUAAAGCGCUGUAACUUUGUUAUGACUCUUAUCCUUUAAACCCUUUCCCUUUCAUGUGUAAUAAACCUGGAGUUUAGCGCAUCGCACUCAUGGAAAUAAGGCGCUGGGUUUUAGAAUUGUGGUAUUAUAUCUGGGGGCGUUAACACAUCUUCAAAACAAGUGUUAUUAGCUAAUCAAUCAAGGCAAAAUGCGGUGAGAGGCGAUUGUGCAGCGCAGAGAGGGAAGUGUUCGGCUAACGAGAAAUACCAGCUGUCCAGACCGCGUUAUUAUCACAUGUCCACCUGCACAGGACUAUACCACAGUGAAGUUUUCUGUCCUGAAACAGAUUCAUAAAAAGGAUGCAGCGUUCCCGGGUGCUGUUCUCAGAGGCAGAGAUGUCGCGGCGCUCCGAAGCGGAGGACAGGGAUGCGAAGCGGGUGGAGGCUAGGCUCCUCAGCAGACUGCACCGGUUGGACGGGGUGCGGCUCUACCACGUCAACACCAUGGCGCGUGAGCAGAGGCGCAUCCAGAGGGACCUGAGCGGCAUGAGGCAGGGGAGCUCCUGCCGCAGCUCUGGGGAAAUCUGCUCCGACUACGAGAGAGCACACCGUCCCCCAGGGGCGCCCAAGAGGGCCUUCCUACCCACCAUCCCCAGCGGGGCUACCAGCAAGCCCGAUGGACUCGGGUCUCAGAAACUCAUGCCCUUGCGGGGUGGAGGACAGGCUAUCCCAGCAGGCCUCUCUCACACUCUGCAGGCACGAAUCAACAAGUUCAUCGGUGUGGGGCGGGGGAAGGGGGGGUCGGAGCCGGUCUCCGUGGCGAUGGCAGGGGAGGGGUGGUGGUCCGAGGAUUCCGACGGGGGGGUGAAGUGCAGUCCUGAUCCGCGGCGCAGCGUCUCCCUCCCCCCCGUGUCCCCCCUGCUGGACCCCUCUCGCUUGAACCUGGACGCCCUGGCCCCUGACGGCUCCCUCCGGACGUUGUACACCCUGCCCAGCUUCAGCGAGGCGCUGGCCGAGGCAGGCAAGGCUCGCUACAUCCGGCACCGAGGCAUCCCUGACAGCGAGAGGGAGCUCUCCAUCCAGGACAUAUUCAGCAGGGCUCCCGAGGAGACUGCACACCAGCCGGAGCGGAGCUGAGGCAGGGCAGAGACGUCUCCAUGGAGCCUCUGGCUCUCGUCCUUUUUAGUGUUGACACCUCAAACAUAAAUGCAGCACAAAACUAAGUGUGAAACAGUUGUAAACGUUAUAAAUGUAGUAUAAAAAAUAUGUCAUACUCCUAGGCAUAAUUUCUCAAUAAUUAAAGAAACUAAACUUG